AAUCAUGGCGGCCCCCAUGAAACACAACGCGAGUGCACUGUGUAGAACAUAUUUGCUCUAUUUUGCCAAUCAUCAUGUUGAUUUUAGGAUUUCUGAGUUGGUGGCCCUGGCUGAGAUGUUUGGAAUUGACUUGCCAACGGAGAGUUUGAAAACACAUGAUAAGGAGUGUCCUUUUCUCAACCUCACCUUGACAUCAGAAGUCCAGGCAAAACAGCUAGCAAGUAGAAGUGUGCUUAUCAAAUCAGUUAUAGAGUUAUGGGGCCAUGGAAACACACAAGAAGAUUUGUUUCAAGAUUUAAAGAAGUCCACAGAUUUAAUGGUGCCAUAUUUCUCUGAAAGUUCCUCGUUGAAAGUUAUUGUUGAUGGUUUCAAUAGGUCUUUACCACAAAAAUACAAAAUACAGAUCAUAGAGAAAUUAUUAACAGAUGAUGUUCUACCGUUUAAAGGGAGAAUCGAUCUUAAAAACCCGGAACAAAUCUAUUAUUACUUAGAAGACUUUGGGAGGCAGUCGAAAAAUGCCAAAGGAGACCCUCAGCAUAUCUACUUUGGUAGGUGGGUUGCAGAUGGGAACCGAGAUGAAAUUCAGAAUCAGCUUGUGACAAAAAGGUCCUUUAUUGGAAAUACUAGCAUGGAGGCAAGUCUUUCACUGCUCAUGGCCAAUUUGUCAAAAGUCCAGAAAAACAUGCUUGUGAUAGAUCCAUUUGUUGGAACAGGUAGCAUUCUAGUGCCAUGUGCAUACCAUAAAGCUUACGUCAUGGGAACAGAUAUCAAUUACUUACUUCUUCAUGCUAAAGCUAAGCCGAGCAGAUCUAACCAGAAGGAGAGAUCGCCCAAUGAGAGCAUCAGGAAUAACCUGGCAGAGUAUGGCCUGGAAUCUUAUUACUGUGAUAUCUUAGUCGCUGAUGCUUCCAAACACGCCAUGUGGAGGCAGCCAGAGAUAUUCGAUGCCAUCAUCACUGAUCCUCCUUAUGGGAUCAGGGAAGGGGCAAAGAAAGUUGGGAGAGAAGACCCCCAAGGAUCACUUACACCAGAUCAAAAAGUGGAUCACAUUCCACAGAAAGUGGACUAUGGUUUGUCCAACAUCUUUAAUGACCUUUUGAACUUUGGUUACAAAUUCCUGCUGCUUGGUGGCCGACUGACGUACUGGUUCCCUGUCCACAGAGCCGAUUACAAAGAGGAAAACAUUCCCCACCAUCCCUGCAUGAAGCUGAUGUCAAAUUGUGAACAGGUGUUGAACAAGAGGAUAUCAAGACGACUUAUCACCAUGGAAAAAUGUCAGCCAUAUAGGGAGGACCAGUAUUUGGCUAGUCAGACCAAUGUGGACCACUACCUCAAUGCCUCUUUCAGAGACAUGUAUUUCAAAGUGGCAGAAAAUGCACAGAAAUCUUCCAAGUCUGAGGAGAAUUUACAGACCAAUAAACCACCAUAAAAUUUCUCCAAGACCAUUAAACGAUUUAAAUUAAUGAGACUAUAGCUUUCUUCAAAAGCUUGCAGUACCAUGGAAUGGUGAAUGAUACCUGUGGAUUGCAUCAGGAAAAUGCAGUCUUGCUCACACCUUAGAGAUUCUCUGACAACUGAAAAUUUAGGGUUUGAUACUUUCUUUGAAAGAAAACCAUUGUACCUUGACAGAAAUAUCAACUUCAGUAAAUUGAUGUGUGGACCGUUUCCUGUGAACAUAAAUGCUUUUAUUUAAUGAGAUGCAGCAAGCUCACCAUCAUAAGAACUGGAUUCUUUGCAUGUAGGUUUCUGCUUUAUCUGAAGAAAAACCAGUUUGACAAAAAAAUAUUCACACAAUUCUUGUAAAAUCAUGU